AUGUUAGACCGCGUCGAGGACCGCCAGAUUUCACGGCGUGGCAACCAUGGAAUGCAGAGGGCAACCACCAUGACCAACACAGCCACAACGAGCAAUGCCACGUUGAAUUCGCCUAACGACGCGGCAGUGGUGGUGGAAGAGGAGGAAAGUCGAGGCUAUGGACAUGGAGGAGGAGGAGGAGGAGAUUCAUCGGUUACAUCCUCAAGGGAAUGUGAGAUGCCAUUAAACUUAAAAGUUUCAUCUUGA